AUGGUAGAUAUCACUAUCAGGAAACGUCCCCGGACGGAAGCGGUUCUCACGCAACGCAAAUUCUUCAAGAAAACGGCGAGAGGGAAGGUGAUCAAAGUCCUCCGCGAAAGAUACCUGCGGGACGAUGUAGGCUGCGGAAUCGAUGGCUGCAGCGUCUGCCACGACCUGAGAGACUUCAGUCUGCCAUCGUCUGGGUCAUCUGCCCACGCACAGUACCCGAACGGCCAUUUCGUCUUACCAGACACGAAUGUCUUCCUCGCCCAGAUGGACUUAAUGGAAUCGGACCUCUUUAACCCACCCAUCAUCCUCUUGCAAACAGUAAUGGAAGAAGUGCGACAUCGGUCGCUUCCACUCUAUAAUCGUCUGAAAGCGCUCAUUCGAGCCGAAGACAAGCGCAUAUGGGUGUUCUACAAUGAAUAUAGAUCCGAGACGGCCGUGAUUCGAGAGGAAGGCGAAUCACCUAAUGACAGAAAUGACCGCGGGAUCCGCAUGGCUACUGCGUGGUACAAAACUCAUAUUUCCCUUGCUCGGCCUCCCGUACGAGGGCAACCUUCGAGACCAUCACCGACAGUUGUCCUGCUGUCGGAUGACGUGGCAAAUCGUCAGAAAGCAGAAAAAGAAGGGCUCGUGUCCAUUUCAGUGCGUAAAUACGUCGAAGCGCUUCAAGACACUUCCAAACUACUGGAUCUCCUGUCUGCCCCCGGAUCAGAUGAGGUUGAACCGACCAGAGUCGCUUCUGCCAGGCAGGCAUUGUACCCGGAUUAUCUGCCGAUGUCAACGUUAGGCGCAGGGGUCAAGUCCGGACAACUCCACCAAGGGCACUUCAAUGCUAAUCAAUACAACUAUUUGGAGGGAAAUGUACCAGUGGCCGCGUUCGACAAACCGAUCCUUCUGAUUGGUCGGGAGAAUAUGAACAGGGCUGUGCAAGGUGACGUCGUGGCGGUCGAGGUGUUCAGCGAAAGUGAAUGGAAGGCGCCCGCAGACGAGGUCGUUGAGCAAGAGACAACAUUGAGGAAUGACGAUGCGGACGAGUCCGAAGAGGAGAACGACGAUGAAGAGGCCAUCGCCGAGCGUAAGGUUUUGCAAGCGGAGCGGGCACGAAGAGAAGCGUCUGUUCGACAACCCACGGGCCGUGUCGUCGGCAUCAUCAAACGUAACUGGAGGUCUUAUGUUUGUCACAUUGACAGCACGUCCUUGACGUCUUCCAACACUACAUCGCUGUCUCAGCAAACGGUAUUCGCCACACCCGUGUCCCGGCUCCUCCCUCGUAUACGCCUUCGCACACGCCAGGCGCCCGCCUUGCUCGGUCAAAAAAUCUUAGUCACCAUAGACCGAUGGGAUAGUACAUCUCGCUACCCCGAGGGUCACUUCGUACGUGCGCUGGGGAAGGUUGAGAGCAAAGAGGCCGAGCAGGAGAGUUUGCUGCUAGAGUUCGACAUCCCAUACAGGCCCUUCGGGAAAGCUAUUCUUGACUGUUUGCCGCCGGAGGGUGACCACUGGGUUGUGCCGCCCAAGACCGCUGACAACCCGGUUUGGAGGGACAGGGAGGACCUGAGAGACCUCAUCAUCUGCAGUAUAGACCCCCCCGGAUGCCAGGACAUUGACGAUGCGCUUCACGCACGGACACUUCCUAACGGGAACAUCGAAGCCGGCGUUCAUAUCGCCGACGUCUCUCAUUUCGUUCACCCGGACAACCCAAUGGAUAGCGAAGCUGCUGCGCGCGGAACCACGGUAUAUCUGGUUGACAAGCGCAUUGACAUGUUGCCGGCGCUUUUGGGCACGAAUCUCUGCUCCCUGCGACCGCAUGUAGAGCGUCUGGCAUUCUCCGUGAUCUGGGAAUUAACGCCUGAAGCCGACAUUGUCAAUGUCCGGUUCACCAAAUCCGUUAUUGCCUCGAAGUCGGCAUUUACGUAUGAGGAGGCCCAGAUCCGCAAGGAUGAUCCGAAGCUCGACGAUGACCUUACAAAGAGCAUCAGACUGCUUAAUUCUCUCGCGCAGAAGCUGAAGGCGAACAGAAUGGCUGCGGGUGCACUGAAUCUCGCCUCGCCCGAAGUCAAGAUCCAGCUGGAUAGCUCUGAAUCUUCUGACCCCAUCGACGUCGAGCAGAAGGAAUUGCGCGAGACAAACAGCCUUGUCGAGGAGUUCAUGCUGCUCGCGAACAUCAGCGUAGCGCGCAAAAUAGAAGAGGCCUUCCCACAGACUGCCGUAUUACGACGACAUUUGCCUCCACCACGCUCGAAUUUCGAGAAGUUGCAAGAUAUCCUCCAGAAGCGGAAGGGAUUGACUCUUGAUGUCUCCAGUUCUCGUGCCCUCGCGGAUUCGCUGGACAAAUGCCUAGAUCCCAACGAGCCCGCCUUCAAUACUUUGGUACGCAUCAUGGCAACGCGUUGCAUGCUGUCGGCGGAAUACUUCUGUUCCGGAAGCGUAGCCCGUGAUACGUUCGGGCAUUACGGUCUAGCGAGUUCAAUAUACACACACUUCACAAGCCCCAUCAGGCGGUACGCCGAUGUGCUCGUGCAUCGACAGCUUUCUGCUGCGAUCGGGUACUCGUCGUUACAUGCCACGCUGCAUUCCAAGAGCCACGUUGAGCGAGUUCUCGACGUCGUGAAUCGACGUCAUAGGAUGGCUCAAAUGGCAGGCCGUGCCAGCGUGGAGUUCUAUGUCGGAUUGGCUCUCAAGUCUCGCGGAAAGGGCAAGGCAACUACGGAAGAAGCCUUCGUUAUCCGCACCUUCAGAAAUGGUCUGGCGGUGUAUGUGUCAAAACUGGGCAUCGAGGGCCUUGUGACGUUCAAGCGGGAGACGCAGUUCGAUCCCGACGCAUACACUAUGACCGUGCCUGCUGCUUCUCCCGAGGCCGUUGGCACUACUAUCGCGGUAUUCGACAAGGUAACGGUCGAGAUAGAGGUCGAGAAGGAUAAAAACACCCAACGCGGUCGGGUGAAGAUGACGUUGAGAAGUCCAGUUGACUCUAGUACGUUGUAG